AUGCUUAUCCCCAAGAUUAUGUCUAGUACAGAUAACGUCGGAAACAUCACGCUAUGGUCCGUUUUCGAGUCAGGCGCGGGUAUCAUAGCCGGCUCACUCCCCUCUUUACGACGGCUUCUCAAGAACUGGGUUCAUUUCGACUCUUCGCAUGACCAGUCCCUCGGACAAACUGGACCCUUCACAGGACAGGCAACAUCUAUAGUCACAGGCAAAGCAACAGCCUCCUCCACCGGGCGACGAAAUAAGAGUUUGUUGACCAGUUCUAAGGCAGAAGGACCGUGGGAGCAGUUGGAUGAUGCAUCUUCAAGUCGAAAGAUUUAUGUGACAGUUGAUAUGGAGAUGCAAUCUCUAGAACGGCCACCGACUUCAUCAAAGUCAAGAGAGUCGUUUGGGGAGAUGUGA